AUAACAAUAAAACUGAAGCGAUCUUAUGUAAACAUCUGAAAAAUCGGCCGAAAAAGUCACUUUUACGCCGAAAUAUCCAGUCUCUUUAUCAGCGGCCACGUGGAGUUGGACCCAAAGGAUAUUUUUGUGGUGGAAGAUGACGAGAGGGGUUUUAAUUACUCGACGCCACCGAUCGCUGCUCUCCGGCCCCUUUGCCCCGUUUCCGGCCUUCUUCUCCGUCUCUCCUCGUCUGAAUUUGCUUUCCGCCAUGGAUCGGCUGCCUGCAGCGGCGGCGAGGGGCAAAGAAGGUAGCAGCGUGGAGAUCGGGUGGACCAACGAGAAGCACGCCACCUACCUCCACUCCCUCGAGGUUUCCUUCGUCACGCGCGUCUUCCAAAGCUCCGCCGCCGACCAGUUCCAGUACGACCACCUCAACGGCUACGACUACCACCACCAGCCGCUCGACCGCCACCUCCCGGACUCCUGCGAUUCCACCCUUGACUCUAUUACUCUCGAUCUCAGUCACGCCAAACAGUACCGUGACGCAGACCCGCAUCAUUCUAAGGACAAAAGGUCUAAGAAGUGGAAGAAAAGGCGAACUUCUCUGGUCCAAAAAGCUUCACAAAAAGAGCAAGUCCCCCCUGAAAGCGUCACCGGUUCAAGCUCUGGCCACGAAAGCGCAUCUUAGGGCACAAAAUUUACUAAAUCCUCUGCGGUUGAAGCCAUAUCCGAGCAUCUUCUGAUCAUCUCUGCCAAUUGAUUCAACACGGCUGCCGGAGAAGUGCAGAAGAAGUUGGUGCACCAGCAUUUCGGUCCGUAUAGCUUUGCUUUUCCUUUUCUCCAUUUCCGAGUAGUAUUGCCUAGCUCGAGCUUCUGGGUAAUGUUUUUCCAAGUAGUGGAAUGUGCCGGGGUAAAAGAUACUUGCUUCUUUGGUAGUUUUAGAAGCAAUCUUAUCAUCAUAUAGUGAUAUAUAGUAACUUUUCUGUCUUCUGGAAUUGCAUUCAAUAGAUAUAAAUCCUUUUGUGGUUAA